CGUCCCCUCGCCGGACCGGUCGCCGACUCAGGUCAAACCGGCCCUAUUAGAUGAUAGCCUCGUCGUGGCUCCUCCCCUAACGGGGGCGGGGCGGCCAAGCGCCUUGUGGCUGGAUGCCACCGACGGAGAGACAAGGGGGAAUGCGGGUCGCGACGCAUAUUACUGGGGAGCGUCCUGAGGGCCAGCCGAGGCUGGCGGGCUCGGGUUUCGGUCUGAGGCAGCCUCCCUCACACCUCUCGCCGGCCGGCCGGGGUCGGGGCCUGAGUGUUUUACUUCCGGAUCCCACAGCUACGACACCGGAAGCCGGAAGUGGGAAUUUGGCAGCGGGAGAAAGGAAGGGCUACCGCGGAACCCGGACUUUCUCGGAGCAUCGGGGUCCGAGGAGCGCUCGGGGCCUGCCACUCCCGCCUUUCUCACGUCGGACCGACUCUGCUGACAGGUGUGGUCCUCUUCUCCGAAGACAGGGUACCAUCGACCCUGACGUGUUGGAUGAGCAGGCCCCCCUGGAAGAGUCCGCUGUGUGAGAUGGUGCAGCCUAGCGGCGGCCCGGCAGGGGACCAGGACGUGCUGGGGGAAGAGUCUUCUCUGGGGAAGCCGGCCAUGCUCCACCUGCCUUCAGAGCAGGGCGCUCCUGAGACCUUCCAGCGCUGUCUGGAGGAGAAUCAAGAGCUUCGAGAUGCCAUCCGCCAGAGCAACCAGAUGCUGCGGGAACGCUGCGAGGAGCUGCAGCGUUUCCAGGGCAGCCAGAGGGAGGAGAAGGCCUUCCUCAUGCAGAAGUUCCAGGAGGCCCGGGACCUGGUGGAGAGGCUGAGCCUGGAGAAGUGGGAGCUGCACCAGCAGAGGGAGCAGGCCCUGCAGGAGGUGGAGCGCCUCAAGACAUACCAGCAGCAGAUGGCCGAGGACAAGGCCUCAGUGAAAGCCCAGGUGACAUCCUUGCUGGGGGAGCUGCAGGAGAGCCAGAGUCGCUUGGAGGCCGCCACCAAGGAGCGGCAGGCUUUGGAGGGCAGGGUCCGGGCCGCCAGCGAGCAGGCCCGGCAGCUGGAGAAUGAGCGCGAAGCGCUGCAGCAGCAGCACAGCGUGCAGGUGGACCAGCUGCGCCUGCAGAACCAGAGCGUGGACGCCGCCCUGCGCAUGGAGCGCCAGGCUGCCUCGGAGGAGAAGAGGAAGCUGGCCCAGCUGCAGGUGGCCUAUCACCAGCUCUUCCAGGAGUACGACAGCCACAUCAAGAGCAGCAUGGUGAGCAGCGAGCGGAGCCGAGGAUUGCAGCUGGAAGAGCUCAAGCAGCAGCUCAAGCAGGCCGAGGAGGCCCUGGUGGCCAAACAGGAACUGAUCGACAAACUGAAGGAAGAGGCUGAGCAGCACAAGAUUGUGAUGGAGACGGUUCCGGUGCUGAAAGCCCAGGCGGACAUCUACAAGGCGGAUUUCCAGGCCGAGAGGCAGGCCCGGGAGAAGCUGGCUGAGAAGAAGGAGCUCGUGCAGGAGCAGCUAGAGCAGCUGCAGCGGGAGUACAGCAGGCUGAAGAGCAGCUGUCAGGAGUCGGCCAGGAUCGAAGACAUGAGGAAGCGGCAUGUAGAGGUCUCCCAGCCCCCCUUAGCCCCUGCCCCAGCUCAUCACUCCUUUCACCUGGCCCUGCCCAGCCAGAGGAGAAGCCCCCCCGAGGAGCCGCCCAACUUCUGCUGCCCCAAGUGCCAGUAUCAGGCUCCUGACAUGGACACCCUGCAGAUACACGUCAUGGAGUGCAUCGAGUAGGGCUGCCUGCCGACACCCAGCCCAGGACAGUGCAAUCUGUUGCUUUCCUCUCCUGUCUGCCUGGUUCUGAAUUAGGGGCUGGGUGACAGAGGGUGGGCCCCUUCUCUGAGCCCCGAGAGCUAGCCACAGGGCCUUACGCUUCUGCGCCCCCGUCCACUGGUUCACCUCUUUUAGGGCACACGGAACCCCAGAUAGGCCCGAUGCUCUGCUUUUUUUGUUCGUUCUGUCUGCUUGAACUGCUUGUCUCCGGAGUUCGCUCUUCUUCCACCUGUGCUGGGGAAGUCAAGAGCCAAGGCCGGGGCUCCCAGACAACUGCUUUCCAGGCUGAGACAGGCAGAACCUUUCGUUCCGGCCGCCUGGCACAGUGCGGCACUGCUCUCAUGGGCUGUGUGCUGUUCCACUGGCGGCUGCACCACUGUGGAUCGAACUUGUCUGCUGCUAAUGGACGUUUGGGCUGUUACUGGUCUUUUUACUGUCAUAAACAACACCACGGUGAAAAUCCUUGUGCAUCCAUCAUAUGUACCUUUGGGUUGGAUCCCGCAGGAGCGGCACCAUCGAGCAGGGGGUAGACAGUGCCGGUGCUUCCCUCCCCUGGGCGUGCUUUCCCGCUUCCCCCUCACUCCCCAUAGCCCUGCCGCAGAUGACAGGUGUCCAACCCGUGGGCUUCUGCCAUCCACCAGGCGAGCCGUUCUCUGUUAAGAGAGAGCUUGAGCAUCUCUUCAGAGCUUGAAGGGUCCUUUUCAGUUCUUCUGGUGUACACAGCUUGUUUGUAUUUUUUGCCCAUUUUUCUAUUGGGCUGUAAGUCUUUUGUUCCUUGACUUACAGGAGCUCUUUGGUCAUUAGUGGGAUCAGCUCUUGUGUGUGAUAGAAAUUUCGGUUAUCUCUUCCUCCUGGCUUGGUACCGGUGUGUUUGGACUGGAGCUUGUCAUCUUUGUAGUCACGUUUAUCCACUGCUCCUUCACGGCUUUGGGUUUGGAGUUGUUGUGACCACUUGUUGGUCUGGUGAGGGGCGCAUCCCACACGUACACUUUCCCAGUCCUUGCCCUGACACUGCAGUGCGUGCUUGUCCUCCCCAAGUGCGUUGCCACCCAGCGUGAGGAGUGGCGGCCGUAUGUCAUCACGUUCCAAAAGUUAGUGAUGCCGUUCCCCAUGCCAGCCGCAAAUGCCCCGGCCUAGCCAGCAGAAGCCACUCAGCAAUCUUGGGCAGAUUACCGGCACCAGAGGACUCUUCCUUGUUGUUUUGCAAGAUUCUGGAUAUUUCCGAGGAUGUCAAAGCUGUGGGCACUACCCCUGCAACUGUGGUUUAUUCCUCAUUGCCCAGCCUCUUCCUGCACCCCGUGGGCUGCCCUGGUUGGGAAUGGGAUGUCACAGAUCCGUCCCUGGGUUUUGUCCAGGCCUCGCUGCUGUGUGGCAGUGACAGGGUGGGCUAGGAUCAGGGUGUAAGUCUCCUGCUGGGAGACGGCCCAGCCAGCAUCCUGUUCCAAAAACAAGCCUUGGCUGGGGGCUUUCUUGGCAUCUGCAGGGGUGGGAGGGGCUGACCCACUUCCUGAAGCCCAAGUAUGUGGUCGCAGGUGGUCCUUCGGGAACACGUUAAAGGCACAGAUAGGUUCUCUGCUCAUGGGUGCUGUGUUUCAGUCCACAUCCUGCAAUUUUUCUACAAGAGCACUUUCUGUUUUGGGGGGAAUGUGUUUGUUAGUUUCCUGUUGCUGCUGUAACAAAUGGCUACAAACUUGGUGGCUUAGUCUUCUCCGCUUCUGUCUGUGUCCUCUUUCUUCUCUUCUAAGGCUACUUGUCAUUGGACUUGGGGCCCACCUGUGUCAUCCAGGAUGACCUCAUCUGUAGAUCCUUACUUUCAUCACAUCCCCAAAGACCCUUUUUCCACAUAAGAUCACAGUCGCAAGUUCUGGGGGUCAGGACACGUAUAUCUCUCUUGGCCACCAUUCAGCCCAGCACAGGGUCGUCUUCUGGAGCCCACAGAUUAGGACAAACGCAGUCAAAGGCAGGCGUCUCCAGGAGCUGCAGCUCUGUCGGAGGGCUUGUUCCCCAGGGUGAUGGUGGUGAGGAAAGCUGGAGUUGGGGGUGGGUGGGCCCUUGCAGGCUUGGGGAGUGUCGAUCCUUAGGACGUCUUGUCUCCAGCUGGACACCGCUGCUGGGGCCGACGGACGUGGCCGGGAAAAGGGGGCAGCGCCGUUGGACCACCUGCAACCUGUGCUGGCUCCUGGCUGUGUAGGGAUUGGCUUCGUGCUUCUAACAGGGUGACAGGGGCGCACAGGAGCCCUUCUCUGAUCAGCUCCCUUUUCUGAAAGGGGGUUGGAAGAAGGGGAGACCCUGGUGUGGCGCGAGGCGGACGUUCUCCCCCCCAGGAGUGCGCCUGCGGCUUGGCGGUGACCCCCAUGCAGGCUGCACGGCGGCAGCGGCGAGAGCUUGACACACGUGCUGCCCGCGCCCCGGACCGGCUGAGUCGGGGCUGGGAUGGGACCAGGCGCCGGCCGGGAACCACUGCUCUUCGGAAUCUUCUCUUCCUGGAGGCUGUCUUGAUUACUGUAACUUUGGAAUAUAGUUAGGGAGCCUGAUUCCUCCUGUAGGGCCGACUGGACCUGAGAGACCGAGGGUUUUAAACCAGGGCUUCCACUCUCUGGCUUCUGGAACAAGUGGCUGGAUUCCUCCCGUGAGGGAAGCAGCCUGCCUGUAGGAUUAGCUGUGGCCCCUUGAUCCUCAUGACCCUGGGUUCGGGAGGUAGAGACAGACAGACAGACAGAAGCACAUCCCUGUUGUCAUUCCCACACGCCCCACUUCGUUACCUGCUUAAGAGGAAUCCAGAUGAGCCAUAAAAUAAGCACCAUAUGAAAGGUUUUCUCCCUCACGAAAGACCACAACAACACAGACUCGGACUACACAAGAAGUGAUGUCAAAAUAGCAACAAAUGAAGACUUCCAGUGCCCUGCUGACAAGGCGCAGGGACCCCCUUCCGUGGGGGCCAGUCAGGCGGGGUGACGACUUGGGCCUGUGCAGCCAGCGCUGCGGACCCCUCAUCACCUGGAACACGCUCUGUAGCACCUUGGUGUGAAAAAGCCCAUAGACACAAUUACGUAUAAAGUGCGACCCCCAAUAAAAGAGUAAAAGCUGCCGUGCACACCUGGCUAC